AUGCCCGGAAAUUACGCUGCUGUUCCUCCUGUAGCUUCCGCUAACCGCCCCCCUUUCGGGACCGAUAUCACUGACGGCAGCGGCGCACCUGGUGCGAGAGGCGGAGUGACGACGGGAGGCGGGGGCUUCAAUUCCGCGGACUCGGCGCCGCUGAAACCGCUGGCGAAUGUGAAGCUGCGGCUGGGGACUAAUGAGGACGCGUCGCAGCUAAUGCCGGAAAUUUACCGCGUCGCCAGCGCUGCCAGGGGAGCGGAAUCGGGCGCGCACGUGACAGCGGAAAAUGCGGAGAGGAGCCUGAGGAUUGUACGCGCGACAGACAAUUUCAGUAACGCAAAUCUGCUGGGGCGAGGCGCAUUUGGACAGGUUUACAAGGGCCGGGUGCUGGGCUGCAACAUGGCCAUCAAGCGCCUGCAGGGUGGCGGGUGGCAGGGCCCUAAUGAAUACAGCAUGGAGGUGGAGGUGCUGAGUCGCAUGCGCCACCCACACAUCGUACCCCUCAUGGGCCACUGCCCCGACCCCAAUGCCAUGUGCAUUCUCUACGAGUACCUUCCGGGCGGCAGCCUGCAGGAAUAUUUGGCUGCUAGUGCGAGGAGUGGGAGUGUUGCUGGGGGAGUGGGGUUGGGUGAUGGCAGCAGAAGUUCUGCAGUAUUUCUUGGAACUGGCUCUGGUUUGUCAUCUGGCUCGGUUGCAAGUUCGGUGGCAGGUUUGGUAGCUGCUGGUCCAAUGAAUCAGGUUCUUCGCCAGCCCUUGGCAUGGUACGACAGGGUGCGAAUACUUUCUGAAGUUUCUGGCGCGCUUCUGUACCUCCACCAGCAUUCUCCUCCCAUUGCCCACCGAGAUUUGAAACCCGACAACGUGUUACUCGAUGGAAACCGCAUGAGCAAGCUGGGAGACGUAGGCCUGGCAAGGCUCAUCGCGGAGGACGAUUACAACGUAACCGCACGCGUGCAAGGCACGGUAGGCUACAUAGACCCUGAGGAGGUGGCAACAUGUGAAAUCUCAGUGUUAUCCGAUAUUUACGCGUUUGGGCUAAUUGUGCUCCAGCUGCUAAUGGGGGAGCCUCAGGUGAAGCAGGUUCAUCGCCUGCUAACGGACACUGCAGCAAAAGUAGAUGCAGAGAAGCGUAGAGCUGGGAGAGUGGGAGGGGUGUGCUCAGAGCCAUGGUCUGCUGCUGUGGAUGCUGUCUUGGCACGGCUGGAUAAGUCUGGCGGGGAGUGGCGUGCUGACGUGGCGCGCCAGCUGGCGGUGAUUGGUGUGCGGUGCGCUGACAGAGCAAGGGCGAGGAGGCCUGCCUUGGAAAGAGAGGUGCAGCCUGUGUUGAUGAGGCUAGAGGAGGAAGUGAGAAGGGAAGGGGAGAAGGGCAGGACGGAUGUGGACAACCAGCUGCUGUGCCCCAUUUCGCAGAAGCGCAUGACAGACCCUGUGGUGGCAGCUGAUGGCUUCACAUAUGAACGUUACAUGAUAGAGCAGUGGCUGGAGCGCAACAACACAUCACCGAUAACAGGGCAGCCCUUCCCUCAUAGGCUCCUCACUCCCAACAACACACUACGGAUGUUGCUUGCAUCUCACGCCCAGCUCUCUCUCCCUACCAAGCUUUCCCUCCUCGUGCGCUUCGGCUGCGUGCCGAAUCGCCGUACCUUUACUCCUAUCGAUGGCUUGGCCCCGCUGUUGGAAUGGCGGUGGUAUUUACGUCCCCCGCCUCUGAUUCCUCACCCAUCCUUCGUCACCAUGGACUCCCACCAUAACCCUGACGCCGUCAUGACCGACGAGCAGCUUGCUGCUGGGGACGAUACGCUCACCGAUCUCGGUGACUAUGUCCUCGAAGAUCUUCCCGAUGGCGUCCCGCCGGAACUUAACGAGGAGCCUGCUGCUAAGAAGCAGUGUGGCGAAGGAACCUCCGCUGGCGCUGAGGCUAAUGCGUCUACUGCCACGACGCCGGCGCCGCAACCGAUGCAGCGCUCCAACUCCUCUGGCAGCUCUGCGGCCACGGCCCCCUCAGCAUCCCGUUCGUCGGUUCCGCCCCGGCCGAGGUCCGCCCCGCCCUCUCGCCCCCAGCCUCCUGUCCAGGAGGCCGCGGUGGAGCAGCCUUCCGCUGGACCUGCUGCCAAUCUUUCCCUGUCGGUGCGUUACCGCAACCUCCGCCGUCACCGCUCUUCUGUGGGUACCGAGCUCCGGUCCCUGCGGCGUAACCCGCUAUCGCUGGUUACCGUGAUGUUCCCGGAGUGCUCUGAGGAGGUUCGGGAAAGUAUUCUCUCCCGGAUUGCCGCUGCGCUCCCUGGAUCGGCAGCCUUCAACGGUGCUGUUCCGCAGUUUGACGCGGCCGCGGGUGAGCCGCUGCGCCUGCCGCGCAGGACGUACCAUCGUCACAUCUACUCCUGGACCUCCGCUGCCGACGCACGCAUCUUCCGCGGGCUGUUCGCGACGCCUUUCCUCACGCGGUUCAACAAUAGCCGCCCGAUCGAAGUCAAGAUCUAUGUUGACCCCUACCCGGAAUUUUCGGCCGCGAAAGCUCGCGGCGACACGUACGCGGUGGUGCGGAACGUGCCGCUUGGUGUCCAGCCUGAGGACCUGCGUGAGACCCUGCUCCGCGGCAAAACCGAGGACGAUCUCCCCUGGCUCGCGGAUCUUCUGCAUUUCCACCGGCUCAAGGAUCCCUACGACGACUCGGCCUAUUCUCAGAUGCUCGGCCUCCCCGUCGCGGCAGAAGGCGACUCUGCCUUCGAGCUCAUUUCGGCGCACGCUUCCACGGCGGCGUUCAAAAAGGACCCUGGCCUGCUCCUCAUCGGCAUGGACCUCGACGUGGAGGUGUGGGCCUGCUCGAUCUGCGACUUUGUCUGCGGCAUUGCGCUCGACAGCGCGAUGUUUCACCUCACCUCCGAGCAGCAUCGCAAUAGGCUGCAGGACCCUGCGCACCAGAACGUUUCCAAGGACAAAUACGGGGCCUGGAAGGCCGAGACCCUGGUGCAGCAUCACCGCAUCAAGGCUCUCUUGCAACGGCCCUGGUGGCGCACGCUUUUCUCCGCCGCGCUCGACUCCCCAACCUCCUCUGCUGGAACUAUCGUAGCAGGCGAUUUCAAUGCGGUAUGUUCGGCUGAGGACCGCAACAGGCCGCCGCUAGCCCACGAAACCUCCGAAGGCGUAAUCCUUUCCGCUGCCUUACAGCGACAUGCACUGGCUGACUCCUUUCGUUUAUCCUACCCCAACGAGCCUAUGUUCUCGUUCUUCGCCAUUCCUCGGACCCUCCCACGGGACCCCCCCCCCACAGCUUCCCGCCUGGACCGGAUCUAUGUCCCGUCUUCUCUCACCUCCAGAGUUCUUGACGCGCAGUAUGCCUCCGCUUCCAAGGAACUCACAGAUCACGACUUAGCUCCCUCCUGCUUUAUCCGCUGCGAGGCGCCCAAUCUAGCCCAUAGGCCAUGGCGGCUCCCCCACGCCCUUCUCCAACGCCCACACACCGCCCAGAUCGUGUCCACGGCGUGCCUGGACCUCCCUCCCGCUAUUCACGGAGCAGCCUGGGAUGCUUGGAAGCUCUCUCUGUGCAAUAAACUCAAAGCCUUUGGCCGGCAAGAAAGAAUUCGAACCAAGAAGACCUCUGAGCACUUACAGAAUCUGGUCAGUCACCUCAGGAUAGCCCUCGCGGUCAACCCCACUGACUCCGACACCGCCGAACAGUUACGAGUGGUAUCCCAGCAAUUCGAACGUUACGAAGCCUCGCGUGCUGCUGAUAUAGCGCUCAAAGCCAAACUUAAAGUAGAAGGGCCCCGCGAGAUGGGGAUCUCCUCCCUGCUGGUGGGCAUCAACUCUCGCAUUAACGCCUCCCUAGUCACUUCCCUCCAAUCCCCGACAGGCGAGCUUGUCUCUGAACUCCCUGCAAUGUGCGAGCUCUGCACUGCGUAUUUCCGCAACCUCUACAGCACCUCGCAUCCUGUGCGGCCAGAUGAUAAAUUCUGGACUCACCUUCCCCCCUCACUCAUUCCCCCCAACAUCACUCACCGCCUCUCUCAACCCUUCUCCAUGGCGGAAAUCACAGCAGCAAUCAAGAAACGUCCGCGAGGCAAGACUCCAGGGCCGGACGGCUUACCGGGCGAGUUAUAUCGUUCCUUCCAUACUAAAUUCUCCCCCGCCAUUCACUCCUCGCCUACCGCCCUCCCCCCCUCCAUGCUACAAGGCCGAACAGUGCUCAUCCCUAAAAAGGGCGACGCCACCGUCCUUGACAAUCUCUGCCCUAUUACCUUAAUGAAUUCCGAUUAUAAGAUACUCGCUAUAUGCCUCGCCGCCCGACUUCAACCUUUGCUUCCCUCUCUCAUUCACCACUCCCAGGCGGCAUUCAUUAAGUCCAGGAAAAUUGGAGAUACCCUCAACGACACUCUGGACAUCUUCGAUUGGGCCACCACGCAAAACACCCCCCUCCUGGCCCUCAAGGUCGACAUACGCAAAGCCUACGAUCUAGUGGACCGUGAGUUCAUGCUCUCCUGCCUCGCAUUUCUCGGCCUUCCCCCCCCCUUCAUCCAAUGGGUGCGGCUUAUGCACACAGGGACCACUACUUGGAUAUCAGUCAACAACCUCUGCGGACCAGCCAUCCCUGUCCGCUCCGGCGUCCGCCAGGGGUGUCCCCUCGCCCCCCUCCUUUUCCUAGGUGUUAUCGAAAUUUUCCACCGCUACUCCUCCCACUUCCUCCCCGGUUUCCCCAUUUCCCGCACGCAGCAUCGCCUCAUGGCAUGUUAUGCCGAUGACGUGACUAUCUUUCUCAACUCUGACCAGGAGCUUCAAACGGCAUCUCACAUCCUCCUCUCCUUCGCUGCUGUGUCAGGUGAACACCCAAACAGGGCCAAAUGCGCUAUACUCCCUUUCAACAUCCCCCCCGCUUCAGUUACCUAUGCCGGCUCCAUACCCAUUCGGGGCGAGGCUGAUUUCGAGCGCAUUUUGGGGAUCCAUGUGGGCCUUUCUGGCCGAUCCGAGGUCACCUGGGAAAGAGCACAGACGCAGAUCAGUCGCUCGGCCAGCUUCCUCGCCAACCUUCACGCUUCCUCCACCUGCCGGAAGAAUCUCUCCAACAUCUUCCUCAACUCCACCCUCUCCUUCCCCGGCAGAUUCCAACCGCCCCCCGACCCCUCUAUCCAUGCCAUCGACGCGGUUCCAGCCGACAUGAACGCCCCCCCCCACCACGCUUACGAAGUUGAAGCCGUCCUCUCUGAAACCUCCUUCCAAGCGUAUGCCCGCCGUGUUGACUCGGUCGGACGAAUCUCGAAGGACGUCGAGGCACGUUGCCUCCUAUCCUGUCGAGACUUUGUGCAGGUCUACGUCGUCGACCGGUGGCUGGGAGGGACCUUCUGCUCGGGCGCAGGGCUAGCGGCGCGGUUCGAAAUUUUGCAGGAUGACGCCCCCUCGCUAGCAGCCAUCAGGAAUUUAGCUUACACACAGCAGCCGCUUCCACAUGCCCAACGAUGGAUCAACAUUCUUCCGGAUCCAGGACCCUGCCUCAUUCCAACUCUCACCCACGCCUUCCUAACGGAGCAGCCGUCCUCUCAACGCGACGUGCUGUUCAGGCUCUACUCACGGGCUUUGCCCUCAGGAUCUCGAUUUCUCUACGCAGCCGACAAGGGAAUUUGCGGCGGAUGUAAUAGAGGAGUGGUCGAAGAUCUGCCUCACCUAUUUUUCGAAUGCGGCGUGGCCCAACCUAUCACCGAAGCGCUUCAACGCUCCGCGCGCUCACAUCUGGGGAUCUCCACCUCUGCAGCCUUGACCCUGUUCCCUCUCGCUUCAGCGGCUGGACAGGCCAUCGCGGAAAAGGAAAAUUGCGAUUUUGGGGGUCCGAAGGUUUUUAUGCGAAAAGAUUGCGGUUUUCUUGCGCGAAGUGUCCAAAAAACGACGACCCCAAAUCGCAACUUUCCGUACAUCGUUGGCGUACCUGAACACUGGCGCCAAAAAGUCAAUCGAAAGUGA